AUGAGAAUCAUUGUCUUCCUUUCCUGCCUAUCUCUGGCACUUGCAUUUGCACCAGACCGCCUACCAUGGGCGAAGCAGCCUCGCAGACUGAUCGUUGGAGGCUCGGAGGCGCCCGUUGGCAGUCGCCCGUACCAAGUUGCUAUCCUCGAAAGUGUUGGAGGAUCUCUUAAGCAGGGCUGCGGGGGGACUCUGGUACACAGAAGCUGGGUAGUGAGUGCCUCACACUGCAUAGGAUCCAGCAGAAUACACGUUGGGCUCGGGUAUCACAGCUUAUCGGCCGGUGGUGAGCAAACUAUUGCAGGCACCUGGAUCAAGCACGAUGGUUUCAAUCCAAGCACGGUGGACAACGACGUGGCGCUGAUUAAACUGGACACCCCAGCGACCAUCUCGGACAAAGUAAAGACCAUUAGUAUUGCAAAGGCUGGUUCGGACGUAGCGGCCGGUACGAGUCUGCUGGUCAGCGGCUGGGGAGCCUUGUCGUCCGGCGGAGGUUUUCCUGAUAAACUACAGCAGGUGGUGGUAACGGCGGUAAGCCGUGGUCAGUGUAACAGCGACUACGGUGGCAGUAUCACUAACAACAUGUUCUGUGCAUCGGCACCGGGAAAAGACUCCUGUCAGAAUGACAGCGGCGGCCCGAUUGUCAGUCAUUUCGACGAGAACAAACACGUGAACGGCGUAAUUCUGGAAGGCAUCGUCAGCUGGGGCGCCGGCUGCGCUGAUGCCAGAUAUCCCGGAGUCUACGCUCGCGCAGCAAACUACUGCGCAUGGUUCGCCGAGAAGUCGUCAAAUGACGUCACCUGCUAGACGUCCGCUGAUUGGCCACAUCAUAAAUGUCAGCUUUUGGGACGCUUGGUGGCAGCACACUCACU